AUGGCGGGGCUGCGGCACGCUGCGGCACUGGCGCUCGGUGCGCUGGGCGUCGGCGCCCUGUGGCGGCUGGCCCUGGCGCAGCCCGAGGAGGCCUGCCCAUCGGGCAGCUGCGCCGCUGACGACCCGGCGCUGCUGCAGAAGCAGGCCCGGGCGGCGACGCGCCAGGCCAUCCACGCUGACCCGCCCCCGGGGCCGGCGCCGCCCGUGCCGGACGGAUGGGAGCCCUGCCCCGGCUUGCUCUACGGCACCCCGAACACCUCGUUCGCGAAGGCCCCCAGCGAGGAGGAGUUCGUGGCCGCUCUCGCCGAGCUCGACCUCACGGCCGUCAUGGACGACAUGACCCAGCUGAUGACGGACUCGCAGUCCUGCUGGCCGGGCGACUGGGGGAGCUACGUCGGGCUCUUCACGCGGCUGUCGUGGCACGCCGCCGGCACCUUCCGCGACACGGACGGCUCUGGAGGCGACGGCGGCGGCCGUCAGCGAUUCGACCCCGAGGCCAGCUGGGAGGACAACACGAACCUGGACAAGGCGCGAGGCCUGCUCUGGCCGCUCAAGGAGAAGUACGGGGACGGUCUGAGCUGGGCGGACCUGAUCGCGCUGGCCGGCACGCAGACCCAAUGGGCGAGCGGCAUGCCCUUCAAGGAGUUCUGCUUCGGUCGCCUGGACGAUGAGGAUGGUGCGAAGAGCCUCCCGCUGGGGCCCGGCGAGAUGCAGGAGGAGAUGGCGCCCUGCACUGGUCCCGUGAAUGGGAUGUGCCAGAUGCACCCGAACGAGACGGCGCUCGCGCCGACGACGGUCGGACUGAUCUACGUGAACCCUGGGGGCCCGAUGGGAGUCCCAGACCCAGUGAAGAGCGUCGAUGAGAUCAGGAUUGUCUUUGGCAAGAUGGGCCACGACGACAAGGCCACGGUCGCUCUGAUCGGCGGCGGCCACGCCUUCGGCAAGUGCCACGGGGCUUGCUCGAAGUUCGAGUACGAGGAGCCGGCUGGACUGCCGCCCAACAUGGCUUUCGCAGAGGGCACUUACCCUUACGUGGGCAAGUGCCCCAACCUCGACGGCGGGGUCACGGGCAUGGGAAACGCCACGUGGACUAGCGGGUUCGAGGGCCCUUGGACGAGCACGCCAACGCGGUGGUCCAACGAGUAUUUCACGUAUCUCUUGGAUUACGAGUGGGAGCCGUGGUUGGGCCCGGGCGGUGCGAUUCAGUGGCGAAUGAAGGAGAACCCUGACGACCCGCGGAUGCGUCUCACGACCGACAUUGCCCUGAUCAAGGAUCCGGAGUAUUUGAAGUACGUCGAGCUCUUCGCCAGCAACCUGACUGCGCUCAACGAGGCGUACGACUUCUCCUGGACGAGCUUGAUCAGCAACGGAGGCGGCUGGUCAACGAAGAAGAUCUGCGUGCCAUACGGCCCCCCGCCCGAGCCUGGCGCGACAACGCCGACCUCGAUGCUUAACACGGACCCGCGCUGA